GAGCGGGUGGGCGUGUGUGAGGCGGGGUCGGAGUGGGGGAGGGCCAGCCCCGUCGUCGCUCCUCCCCCCCUGCCCCUCCAGGGCCGUGUGGGCCGGGCAGCCAUUUUGGGAAGAGCUUUGUUAUGGUUGUGAGCUCUCCACCUCUGCGGGAUCAGGAAGCUGGGGACGCGCCCUUAGACGCUGCCUCUGGCCCCUAGCUGUAGCCCCACUGCUGCCGGUGAUAGAUUCCUGUGGCCUUUUAAGUGAUUGAAUAAUGAUGGAAAUGGAUCCAAAAUAAUAAAUGACUACUCUACUAAAGCAGUAGAAGACUCCUCGUAUCACCUUCCAGCUCAAUUCAGUCUUCAGGAGGAGGCGGAACAAGUGAAAUAGAGAAGACUGAAGAGAAGAAGACCUCACUUUGGAACUGUUUACUCCUUGACUUCUUUAUUUCUACUUGUUUUAAUUUUGCUGUGAAUUUAAAUAGUGAAAACCAAAGAAAUAGAAGAUACAUUUGGGAGCUUUAUAUAACCCAAGAAAUUUGCCUUGAAAGCUGCUAUUCUUUGGAGGAAAACAUACUAAGUUCCUGUCUGAUUAAAAACAAACAAGAUUCCUAUGUCCCUUAGAUUCUGAAGAAUAAAACAGAUAUAAAUACAUAUCCGCACACUUUUUAGCAGCUCUGUAGGAAUAAUGAGAUUUAUAAAUUAAGGGCUUUGUUAUGUGGAUGUUUUGCCACUGGAAUUAACUGCUCAGAAGAUCUUUUAUUGCUCUCUAAUGCUAUAUUUUUGAUCUGUGGCUUUGAUGGCAUUCGCCCACACAUGAGUUUAUCUCUUUCCAGUUAUGACCUUGUUAUGAACAGUGUUUGCACUCAAUGUGCAAAUGUCCAUGUAUUAUCUAUUUAAACAGCAUCAUAGUGCCAUCACUCAAGGAAGUUGAAUGAGGUGAACAUAGACAUAGCUCUUUCCCCUUCCCCCCAUUUUUUAAAUGUAACAAAUACUUUUUAUGUUCCCCUUCCCCUUCCCCUUUCCCCUUCCCCUUUUUGGAAACGUGUCAGGAACUAGAUAGUUUAAGAUGAGCAAUUGAGGAGACUUGAAAGAGUGAUACAGACAGAGCCUGGCUUCCUUGUGCUUUAUCACAAGGCGUGCUGCUGGCCAGCCUAUUUAAGCACCCUUUUAACAAGAGAACCUCGUGGGAAAUCCAGCUGGCAGACUCAAGGAGUUCGGGAAACAGGACCACAGAGGUUACACUCUGGGAUCCUGGCCAUGAGGUUGGAUGCCUCACCUUGCUGAAAAGAGACACUGGACCUAAAUGGCGCAGCAUGACUUUGUUCCUGCUUGGCUAAAUUUCUCAACACCACAGUCAGCUAAGUCACCUACAGCCACCUUCGAAAAACACGGAGAGCACCUACCCCGAGGAGAUCGUAGGUUUGGAGUAAGCCGUCGUCGACAUAAUUCCUCUGAUGGCUUUUUUAACAAUGGACCUCUGCGAACUGCAGGAGAUUCCUGGCACCAGCCCUCCCUGUUUCGCCACGACUCUGUGGACUCUGGUGUCUCUAAGGGAGCAUAUGCUGGAAUCACAGGGAACCUAUCUGGUUGGCAUGGUUCUUCCCGAGGUCAUGAUGGCAUGAGCCAGCGUAGUGGGGGUGGCACAGGGAACCAUCGCCACUGGAAUGGCAGCUUCCAUUCCCGGAAAGGCUGUGCCUUUCAAGAAAAGCCACCUACAGAGAUUAGGGAAGAAAAGAAAGAAGACAAGGUGGAAAAAUUACAAUUUGAAGAGGAAGAUUUUCCUUCUUUGAAUCCAGAAGCUGGCAAACAGAAUCAGCCAUGCAGACCUAUUGGGACCCCUUCUGGAGUGUGGGAAAACCCACCUAGUGCCAAGCAACCCUCCAAAAUGCUAGUCAUCAAAAAAGUUUCCAAAGAAGAUCCUUCUGCUGCCUUCUCUGCUGCAUUCACCUCACCAGGAUCUCACCAUGCAAAUGGGAGCAAAUCAUCAACCAUGGUUCCAAGUGUCUAUAAGAACCUGGUUCCUAAGCCUGCACCACCUCCUUCCAAGCCCAGUGCAUGGAAAGCUAACAGAAUGGAACACAAAUCAGGAUCCCUUUCCUCUAGCCGGGAGUCUGCUUUUUCCAGUCCAAUCUCUGUUACCAAACCAGUAGUACUGGCUGGGGGCACAGUUUUAAGCUCUCCUAAAGAGAGUCCCUCCAGCACUACUCCUCCGAUUGAGAUCAGCUCCUCUCGCCUGACCAAGCUCACCCGCCGAACUACCGACAGGAAGAGUGAAUUCCUGAAGACUCUAAAGGACGACCGGAAUGGAGACUUCUCAGAGAACAGAGACUGUGACAAGCUGGAGGAUUUGGAGGACAACAGCACACCUGAACCAAAGGAAAAUGGAGAGGAAGGCUGUCAUCAGAAUGGUCUUACUCUCCCUGCAGAGGAGGAAGGGGAGGUCCUCUCACACUCUCUGGAAGCAGAGCAUCGAUUAUUGAAAGCAAUGGGAUGGCAGGAAUAUCCUGAAAAUGAUGAGAAUUGCCUCCCCCUCACAGAGGAUGAGCUCAGAGAGUUCCACAUGAAGACGGAACAGGUCUUGGCUGGCGUGUCAGGAAAGGGGUCCCAUCCCAUGGCCUCCGAUUCUGGGGAGCCGGGGCUCCUGUCCUGUGGGUCCUGUGACAUGGUUUUCCGCUCCUGGACGCUGUUGGCCACUCACACUCAGCGUUUCUGCAUUGGCCGUCUGACCCGAGAGUUUUCUUCACCCCACACCCUGUCCUGUCGCCAGGUAGUACCACAAGAACACCAGGGACUCCCAGACCGGGAGGCCAGCAAAUUGGCUCUUAAGAAGCUAACAGAAGAGGAAAUGCGGCCUUGGAUAACAGAGGUCCCCAGGGGAUUAGAAGGGCCCCGAAGCCAGACCGAGGCGCAGACUGGGGGCCGCACCCACGAAGCUGCUGGAAGCCCCAGCGAGCGGCUUCGGGCGCUGCAGGGGACUCAAGCAAAGCGAGUGGCGGAGAGGGAGUCACAGAGCCGGGCCCUGGAGAGACGCAGUGAGGAACUGAGCCAACGCCUCCAAGGUUUGGCCCAGACCCGAGGCGGAAUAUCACGCCUUUUCGGUCUGGAGCGGGAGCUUCGAGAACUCCGGGCAGAAGCCGGGCGAACGCGGGGAGCUCUAGAAGUGCUAGGGGCGCAAGUUCAGCAGCUACAACCGGAGUCCGGGGCCCGGCUCAGCGCCUUGCGAGAGGCAGAACUCUGUUGUCCGGUGCUGCGAGCCAACCCAGGGACUCUGGCUGCCGAGAUCGGGGCCCUGCGGGAGGCCUACGUUCGAGGCGGGGGCCGGAACCCCGGCGUUCUGGGCCAGAUCUGUCAGUUGCAGGCGGAGGCAUCAGCACUGGAGCUGCGGCGGUUGCGGACCCGCAGAGGAAAGGGGGCAGGCGCCGCCCUGGGGGAGCUUCUAGUAGUGGAAACCGAAAACCGGCGCUUGGAGGCAGAAGUCCUGGCCUUACAGAUGCAGAGGGGUGCAGGCCCUGCGUCCUGGGGGCCUACGGAGCCUCGAACUUUGGUGAAUCCCAGCCCAUGCCUGAGAAGGAGGGAAGAUCCCCCGCGCCUCCCGCCGCCGGUGGCUCCUCCCCUGCCGCCCCUUCCACACUCCACAGGCAUCCUAUUGAGUGGCACAGAAGAGGCCCUGCAGGUUCCUGGAACCAUGACCAAGAACCUAGGUCUGGAUCCGUACUUCCUUCUGCCGGCCUCUGAUGUUCUGGGCCCUGCGCCCUAUGACCCUGGGGCUGGGCUGGUCAUUUUCUAUGACUUCCUUCGGGGCCUUGAGGCCUCUUGGAUUUGGGUGCAACUAAUGACUGGCUUGACCCGAGAUGGACAGGACACAGGAGGAGCCACAGCAUUGCCCCCAGCCCUUUGUUUGCCUCCACCUCCAGCUCCUGGGCCCAUGGGCAGUUGUGCCAUCCUUGCCAGCAGGCAGCCUGUACCCAGGCUGCCACCUUCAGCAUCAGUAUCCCUGGUCUGUGAGCUACAGGCCUGGCAGGGGCUGGCAUGGACUAGGGAACCACAGCCAAAGGCUUGGGCCUCACUAGUGCUAUUUGACCGGAAGCAAAGGGUGUUAAGUGGCCGUUGGCGUCUUCCACUUCGGGCCCUUCCUCUGGACCCUAGCCUUAGCCUUGGGCAAUUGAAUGGGAUUCCCCAGGUAGGUCAGGCUGAGCUCUUUCUGCGACUGGUUAAUGCAAGAGACGCAAGUGUCCAGACGCUGGCAGAGAUCAAUCCCGCAAGUGCCCAGGAGUACCGGUACCCACCUCCGAUGUCCAGCUCACCUUCACUGGAAGCAAGCUUCCUUGCCCCAAAAGCUGGCUUUGUUGACCCCCCUCCUCCUGAAGAGCCCCCUCAGCAGCAGAGUCAAGGAUAGAUGGUUUGGGCCCUCAUCACGGUUCUGACCGCCACCGCCGGCUUCCUGAAUCUAGGAGAAUGUGGGUGGGCACGAGUAGCUUUAGAGGCUCAGAACUAGGACUU